CCUUCUUCUUCUACCUUGCCCUCCAUAUCAAAUCAGUUUCACCAAACAUUUUCUUUCAACAAACUUUGAUCGGAGAAUGAAGAAGGUCUCUAGCCAUAAUGUUGUUUCUCUUGGCCUACUGAUGGUGGUGAUAAUGUUAGCAACCCAAAUUAACGUCUCACAGGCAGUGACUUGCAACCCAUCUGAGCUGAGCUCCUGUGCCCCGGCGAUUGCUUCCGGGGCGGCACCGUCCAGUACAUGCUGCAGCAAGGUGAGGGAGCAGAGGCCAUGCCUUUGUGGGUACCUCAAGAACCCCAAUCUCAGGCAGUUUGUUAAUUCUCCCAAUGCUAGAAAGGUUUCUAGAUCCUGUGGGGUCCCAUUCCCUAACUGUUAAACCCACCCAAUAUAUAUAUACAUACUAUAUAUAUAUAUAUAUAUAGUAUGGUGUGUGUUUUGGGUUUUAAUUAGAUAUAUAAAGUCUAUUGAAUAAGAUCCUGUGAUGUUAGUCAUCAUCAUGCAUGGGAUGUGUAGUCCAUGUUUCAGUCUAUUGUAAUUCAGUCAUGGCUUUAUGUCUGUUUUAGGAUAUGCUGAAUGGAUUGUUGUAGAACCUGUGUUUGGCUUGAGAUUAAUUAAUAAUAAACCGACUAUUUAAUCUUGUUUUA